AUGGCGGGGCGAUUCGUACGAGCGUCGAAAUAUCGUGAGAGCUCCCUCAACAAAGAUGCGACAUUCGCCAAGCACGCACCAGUGCGGUUCACUGACAGAGUUACUCGCCAGGACAUUCGGAAUGCGUGGGACACCAACCUGGUGAAGGCCAACCCCGAUUACAUCUCUGUCAAUUGGGAAGCUGGAGGCGGUGGUGCUUUUGCGGUCAUCCCGGUCGACGAGCGAGGCAAGGUGCCGGAUCAGAUCCCCCUAUUCCGAGGUCAUACCGCCGCCGUUCUCGACACCGACUGGCAUCCAUUCAACGACCGAGUCAUAGCCUCGGCCUCCGACGAUGGCAAAGUGUUUAUAUGGCAAGUCCCUGAGGGCUUCACGCUCCACCAAGAUCCCGAGGACAUCCGAGACGUUGCGCCAGUGAGCAAGCUCUCCGCCCAUUCCAGGAAAGUUGGCCAGGUCUUGUUCAAUCCCGCAGCCGAGAACAUCCUGGCCUCUGCCUCGGGGGAUCUCACCAUCAAGCUCUGGGAUAUCUCGAGUGGGCAGUCGCAAAUCACGCUUAAGCACCCAGACAUUGUGCAAAGUCUGUCGUGGAGUGCCAACGGCGCGCUUCUCGCCACCACCUCUCGAGACAAGAAGCUGCGGGUAUGGGAUGUCCGGCAGGAGAAGCCUGUUCAUGAAGCCCCGGGUCAUACCGGCGCCAAGAACAGCCGUGUGGCCUGGUUGGGCGAGCAUAAUCGAUUUGCUACCACUGGCUUCUCCCGUAUGAGUGAAAGACAGAUUGCUCUAUGGGAGCCCGGCAGAAAUGACCCUAUUGGAGGCUUCAACACUCUCGACUCGAUCUCUGGUGUUCUCAUGCCGUUCUGGGAUAACGGAUCGAACUGUCUCUACCUUGCCGGCAAGGGUGACGGCAACAUCCGUUACUUCGAGUACGAGAACGACAAGUUCGAGUUUUUGUCGGAGUACAAGUCUGCAGACCCCCAGCGCGGUAUUGCUUUUGUACCCAAGCGAGGAGUCAAUGUCCACGAGAAUGAGGUCAUGCGAGCAUACAAAACGGUGAAUGAUUCUUACAUUGAGCCGAUUUCAUUCACUGUGCCUCGGCGAGCCGAAACUUUCCAGUCGGACAUCUUCCCGCCAGCCAUUGGUCUGAAGCCAGCUAUGUCAGCCAAGGAGUGGUUCUCGGGGAAGACAGCUCUUCCGCCCAAAAUUGACCUUGAGAGUGUCUACGAUGGCAAUGCGCCCGUUGAAGUGCCCGCUGACUACAAACCACCUGCUGCGGCUGCGGCUCCCGCACCAGCCCCGGUCGCCAAGCCCGCCCCGAAGAAAGAGCCGGAGCCGGAGCCGGUGGCGGCCCGUGCACCGCCCAAUAUGAAGGAUCAGAAGCAGUCCAUGUCGGCAAUGGCAAACAAGUACCAGGAUGAUGAUGAGGAGGACGACGAUGAGGCUGAUGAGACUUCCAGCUUCGAGGAAGUCUCGCGACCACAGCCCCGUGGUAGCAUGCCUGUUCGGGAGCAGAAGCCUCCGUCGCCCAUCAAGGCCACUCCGCCUGUGCAGGUCAAGCAGUCGUCACCCAUCAAGACUCAGCCUGUACAGUCUCCUGUCUCUGCCAGAACUCCUAUUUCCCCUGCUGCCGCCCCCUCCUCUGGAUCUUCGUCGUCUGUCGAGGCUUCCUUGGACCAAAUCAAACAACUUCUUGAGGCCCAGACCAAGAUCAUCCAGGCACAGAACGAGAAGAUUGGGCAGCUCGUUGCUGAUGUUGACAUUCUGAAGAAGCGUGCCAGCUCCGGCAGUCAGGACCAGAAUGAGCGCAUCCGGCAACUCGAGCUAGAGCUGGAGGAGGCAAGGUCGAGCUUCAGCUGGUGUCCUCGCAUGAUGAAACCGUACCCUCCAACUGACAUCGCAGGCACAGAGGCCGACACUGGGCUCCCAUCCCAGGAGGCAGAUUCCGCCGAACCUGAAGAUGGCUUGACAGUAGGUUCCACAUGUCUACGCGACUUACAUGCCAUAGUGACUUCUCAAGACGAGAUGCAGCACGGCAAUGAAUCCAGCGACACCGAGGAUGCCUCACCAUCAUCGCCAGCGUCCGCAGGAGACAAAACUCUCACCACUGCAGCUGCCGCCAGCGACCCUCCACCCACAGCUACUACCGCACUCGACGUCCCAGCCUCCGGCCCGGCCCCGGCCACGAAACCGGCCCGGGGUCUCACGCCCUUCGAGGCAUACAUCCUGCGGCACACGAUCACCUUCCGCCCGAACCGCGAGGCCACGGCCGUGGAGCUCCUGCGCGCGGGGCGCACCCGCGCCGUGCGCAAGGGCCAGCACCGCUGGCUCGAGGACCCCCUGGGCGACUGGGUGCCCGUGACCAAGGCCGAGCAGGCCUUCAAGCGCGCGCAGGAGGCGCGCGAGAACCGGCGCGCGGCGGCCGCGGCCAAGGCGCGCCGGAAGCAGGUGGAGGAGCGGCGACUCGGGCUCGAGAGGACCGUGCCCUGCCUGCGGUGCGCGGUGAUGAAGAUGCCGUGCUCGCUGGGGGUCCCCGGCCACGAGGGCGACGAGAAGUGCCUGCGGUGCGCGAGGGCCGGGGAGGACGUGGCGUUCUGCCUGCGGCAGACGGUCGACGUGAGCUCCGUGGCCGUGGACUGGUGGAUCGGCUGCCCGUUUGUGCCUGGCUUCGUGGACGAGGAGGACCCGGUGCCGGUGGUGUUUAUCCGCCGGGACAAGUACGCCAUGGACGACGCGAGCGGGCUGACGUGCGAGGACGUCGAGCAGAUGGCCAAGGUGCUGCUCGGCCUGGACCCCUCGGCGGUCACGGCUCCCGGAGUCCUUGGUGGCGAGAGGUUGGCUCGGGCGGAUGUGAAGAAGUGGACCAUGCCUGUUUGGCAUGUAUAUUCUGAGGGCGAGGACCAUUGUGCCGCGUCGUACGAGCAAAACGAGUGGCAUGAGCACCUUAAGGAACGCAGGCGAGAACAGCGCCUGGCUGCGUUGAAGAGGCGCCGUGCAAAAUUGAGAGAGAAGAAUCGGGCUCUGAAGGCUGCGUCACCGGAGGAAAACAAGGAGGGAGGGUACAUAACAGUAUGA